AUGUUAUUGCUGGAGAUUGCCACGGUUGCUGCAAAUCCCACACAGACGAAAAAGAGGCAGAAAAGGAGGAAGAAAGUGACAUACUGGAGAAAACCCAUUGAGCCAGACCUAUAUGUUGCUAUCACCCUAUAUUUCCUCACCACGGGUCAGCAAUUCUCAUUCUGGGUAGCCCAGAACACCAUUAGCUACAUUGCACCAGAGACCUGUAGGGCCAUUGUUGCUGCUUACGGAGAUGAGGAACGGCAGGUGCUACAAACACCUGCAGCAUGGCAGGGAUUGCCUGUUGGUUUAAGGAAUGGGAGAACUUUCCCUAUGGUAAUUAGAGCUAUAGAUGGCAAACACAUCAGGCUCCAUAACCCUCCCAUAGGCGGUACACUUUACUUCAAUUACAAGAAGUUCUACUCCAUGGUAUUACUUGCAAUUGCUGAUGCUUCAUACAAGUUCCCAUAUGUCGAUGUGGGUGCCAUUGGGUCAGAGUCAGGCAGUGGUGUAUUUGCCACGACCCAACUGGGUGAAAUGCUGUUGAAACAGGAAGCAAAUCUUCCCCAAUCUGAGGCCCUGCCUGGUCAACCAAAUGGAUCUCCAGUGGACUAUUUCCUAGUUGGUGAUGAUGCCUUCCCUCUGCAGGAUUAUUUUAUGAAGCCCCACCCCAAAAGAGGCCUAUCCAAGGAGGAAUGGAUAUACAACUACAGGUUAAGUAGGGCACGCAGGAUGGUGGAGAAUGUCUUCAGGAUUCUGGCCAACAGAUUUCAAGUAUUCCACACAGCAAUAAGUCUGAAGCUUGACCAUGUAAAGACAUUAUUGUUGGCCGCACGUGAUCUGCACAAUAUUAUAAUAAGAAAAAAUGCAUGCAGACAGGAAGGAGAUCAGGAGCACCCCGUCACAAAUACUGUCAUACCUGGUAGCUGGAAAAGUGAUGCAUCCUUAUGA